AUGCCGUCGUCCAGAUCCCUCGUGAGCGCGGCCGUGCUCCUGGGCGCCUCUGCCGUCAAUGCCCAGAUGAGCACCACGACGUGCGCCGAAGUGCACAUUUUCCUGGCCAAGGGCAACAACGAGCCUUACCCGGGUCGUCAGGGCAAGCUGGUCACGGCCAUCUGCGACGGCCUCGAAUCAUGCGACUACGAGGAUAUCGUCAUGGACAACAUGAUUGACGACGAGUACUGCGGCGCCGUCUACCAGGGCGCCACCAAUGGUUACAGCCAGAUCAAUGACUAUAACUCGCGGUGUCCCGACGCCAAACUCGUCCUCAGCGGCUACAGCCAGGGUGGUCAUGUUGCAAGCGAUAUCCUCGGCGGAGGUGGCGGCACGUUCUACAAUGACUGUACCGAGGAUACGACGCCCCAACUGAGCUCCAGCAGCGAUGCCGGCAAGAUGAUCAAGGCAGCUCUCACAUUUGGCAACGUGCGGCACACGGCAAACCAGCCGUAUAACUACGAGUCUGGCUCGGCCGACGAUAGUUAUUUCCCACGCGACUCGGCCAUGCAGGCGCUGCUAGACGAAUACGAGGACGUCUGGCGGGACUACUGCGUCAGCGGUGAUCCCAUCUGUGCCCAGGGUGACACCGUCGCCGACCACUUGUCGUACUUUGAUGUCUACACCGACUCUGCCGCCGAGUGGGUAAGGGGACUCCUCGAUGCCGAGACGUGCGACGACUGCUCGACCACUCUGACUGUCGCCACCUCGGGAUGGGAGUCCGUAACCGCGUCCGGGUCCGUCUCCGUCACGGGCACAUCUGUCCCAGCAACGGCGACGCCUACCGGCACCAGCAGUGGCUCAUCGACCGUGACAAUCUUGCCAGAGGCCACCGCAUCGACGACAGAAAACCUCUCGUCUACCCCCACGGCCUCGGCGACGGGCUCGGCUUCUUCCACAGGAAGCAGUGGGUCGACGCCCAACUCGGAGUCCGUGAGCAUCUUUAGUCUGGUUGUUGCAGCAGGCUUCGCUUUCUUCCUUGUAUAA